ACUUAAAGUUGUAUCAUAACAUUAAAUGUAUAAGUUUAGGUUGUACCAUAAAGCAAUUUGUACCAUUAUGUUAUGGUACAACUUUACAACUUAAAGUUGUACCAUCACAUAAAAGUACAAGUUCAAGUUGUACCAUAAAAGAAUUUGUACAAAAAAUAUAGGUACAAUCUGAAGUUGUACCAUAACGUAAAUGUACAAUUUUAAGUUGUACCAUAAAGGCAAAAUCCUAUAGCACCAAUACUAUAUAGCAUUGUAAAAUUUCUCUUAUUAAAAAACCACAGUUCCAUUAGUGACCUGCAUCUCCUUCCCGAGCAAGUUGUUGACCACACUUGCCAAAAUUCCUUCGUCAUAUAUAUAACUUCGCCCACCAGCUCCAUACAGAACACAAGUGAAACUCACAUCACUAACUCCAACAUAAUCAGAGCUUACUAACAAGAACACCAUUAUUACUAUGUCACACUUUGUGUUGAGCUCAAACCACCUUUUCCUCUACGGCACCGGCGAUGGGACCAUCGUAGUACUCGACACGGGAAGCGACCUCAACAAUCCAGCCAGCUCCUGCGACAACUGGAAAACCGUCGGUAUCAUACCCUGCUUCGCCAUGGUCGACAACAACUCCGCAAAAUCGACCAGCUACAAGUAUCUGGAAGUGUACGGGACGGCGAUCGGAGGAUCCACUCUGGAGAAAUUGAGGGCCGAUCUCUUCGACUCUCAGUUCCUAGUCAAUCGGGAAGGCUACCAGGUGAUGUACUACAGAAGCGACGGCUCGAAAGCUAUGGUACUGGGAAAGUGCUCGUUCUGUCAGCUCAACAAUAUCUUCGGCUGGAUGAGGUACGGAGUGAAGCCGCCGGCGAUCACCAUGGUGUGGAACCGGUACGAUCGGAGCAGCGGCGAGGCGGUGGUCGAUUUGGAGGAAUUGGGGGAGAGGGCAAAGAGACUGGGUGUGGCGGUGGAAGAACAGAGUAAGGAGUUGGGGGAUUGUAAAUCUAGGUUGAAGGAGAAGGAGGAGAUUUCGGAACACUACAAGAGGCUUUUGGUGGAGAGCAAAGACGUGAUGAAGGAGAAGGACAAGGACAAGGAGUCGGCGUUGAAUCGUUUGAAGGAAGUGAUUGGGGACAGGGAUGGGGAGAUUCGGCGAUUGAGGUUGAGGUUGGAUGAGGCGGGUGGUAGUGGCGGCAAUGGACUUGGGACAACAGGAGGUGGUGAUGAAUUGAAGGAGAUGAGGGAUCGUUUGGUUGCUAAAGAGAAACAGGUGGAGGAUUUCAAGGCGGCUGUUAAUGCUUUCUUCAGGAAUUAGAUGUCCUAGAAAUGCUUUCAUUAUGGUGUACUAGUUCGGUCCGAAAUGUGAUUUGUGUUGAAAGAUAUUGGGUAUUAACCAGUGUUAUUAAGAUCAGACUGAGCCUGCCGGCCAGACCGUUAAAGCCGCCACCCGGGUGCAAAAUCGGCUCGGGUCACUCAUUUAGCCGCUACGGUUUUAUGGAGCGGCCGAGGCGGUUAACCGCUCGUGCUGCUUGAACCGAUUGCUCGGUUUUUCCCUUCCGGUCGUUAUGUUUAAUAAAAAAAUUUGAAAAAGGAAAAAGAAAAUUGAAAACAAAAGGCAAAAUCGUGGGGCUGGGAAAGCCUAACUCUAAUUCAGUUUUCUUCUUCGACUCUUCGUGAAUAGAGGGAGAAAAGCAGCCACAAACCCUACCACCGUCAACACUUCCCGUCCUGGCUUCCCGUCAGCAUCGUCACCAUCCCCAGUUAGUAUAGCAGCUCCCAGCUCGCCAUCGCUAGUUUACGUCCCCGUCCCCUCUUCCCGUAGCAUCUCCUCCGCUCCGUCGUCACUUCUAGUCCCGACGCUUCCCGUCGCCAUCCCCAAGUCCUGGGUUCGCUCCCCGCUCGCAUGUUUUUGGAAUUGUUAAGAGUUAAGAGUGUAAUAUACUAAUUUAGUCAUG